GAGAGAGAGAGAGAUAGAUAGAGUGAGAACGACGGAGAAAAGAGAAAAACAAACGAAGAUACACCGUGGAAUGUUAUAAAAAUUACCACCAAGGGAAAAUUUCAUUAUAUAAAAUUAUUAUGUAAUAAUUGUCCAUACAUCUUAAAAUGUCGAAAUAAACUAAUAAUGAAAAGAAUAUCGUGGGGGUUUUCUUUUUAUAAGGUUUUAAAUCGUUCUCUCAAUAGUACGCAUUUUUGAAUUUAGCCGCGUUUAAAUCGCACGCAUGUAUAUGUAAUAAUAGUUAAAAUAUAUUAAAUAAAUUUAUUACAGUAUUACACAUUAAAUUAUUACGAUUGAUAAUAUAUAUGUUUAUGUGUGUGUGUGUGUGUGUGUGUGUUUGUGUAUAAUUUAUUAAACAUUUUGUUUGAUUAAUAUUUCGUUUUUAUUUUAUCUAAAAUAAUAUAAGUUCGACAUAUUUAUAUUUGUUUUGAUUAACGUAGUAUUAGGAUACAUCAAAGGCGGGAGAUAAUUGUCCGUAACAGUGUUUACUCUUCGAUUCGUUCGUGUGUUUCUUCUCUUUGAUAAUUCGUGUAUUUUAUUAAAAAUGUCGUUAUGCUGUAGUUACGUUCCUGAUUAUUUUUCUAUAAACGACAUUCUGGCAACAGAAGAACGUAUAUUAUGUACUAUCGACGUGACACUUCCCGGUUUAGGAUUCUUAGAUAUUUCUAAUGAUUCGGAUGAUUUGAAACAAGGAACAAAGUUAGAAUUUCCUAUUUGGUUAACGCAUCCACUUAAUAUAAUACAAGGAUCACUCAUCAACAUAGAAUUACCAAAAAUAUAUAAAGAUAGUUAUAGAGAAAUUCUUCAAGCAGAUGCAUGCGCGGUGUCAUUGAGCAAAUGGAAUCUUCAUUUCUAUGAAGUAGGAAUGUAUUUAAGAACCUUUAAUAUUCGGGAAAGUGAAAAAUUAACAGAGAAUUUGUUAGAGACCUUCAAAUCUCGAUUCAGAUUAAUCAUGGAUUGGGCACAGAAUCCUAUUUCAGAUCUGACGUUGGGUAGUCAGCUUCCUAGAUUAGAAAAAGAUUUGUUCUUAAUUAGUAGAAAAGCAAAGGUACAAUUAAACGAAUGGUUAAAAAAAGGUACUGGUAUUAUAGAAGCAUCGGAAGUAGCUGCAAAUCUUAAGAAACGUAAACGUACCGAUUAUGAAUUAAAUUAAUUCUAACUUAAAUAUAUAAUAUAGAUAUAAGUCAGUAGAUUAUUAACAAUCGCAAUUGCAUGCAUAUCGCAUGUAGGGAUUUUAUUUUAGAAGAAAACUAUUUUUUUAUAUCUUGUUAAUAUUGAGAAGAUCAUUUAUGAUUAUUUUUAUAUCAAGGUUUUACAAUAACAGAUAUACAUAUCAAAAGAUGCAUUAAUUUGGAAAGUGAAAAGUGAUAUAUUUGAAAAUUUGACGAAAUAAAGAAAGUUCAAUAAUUUUUUAUUAUUCAGACAGGGAAUGGUGUAUAGUUCCAAUAGGUAGAAUUGAAAAGAAAUGAUUGAGGAGAGUGCUUAAUUUAAAAAUCACAUAUCCCUUUAUUUAAAGAUACAAAUGCUUAUAGUGUAAUUAUUAAAUAACAAAUAAAAAUUUUAUUUACAUUUCUUGUACGAAAUCAGUCAACCAUUGAACUGUCAACAACAUUGAAAAGACUCAGGCAAUGGAAAAUGGUAACGUCUAGUUCACAACCCAUAGCUAAGUAAUGUUAAUAUAUACCUUAAUCAUAUAUAAUAAUAUAUAUGAUUCAUAUUGAGCCAUAAAAUAACUUGCGUACCAUAUGGACAUACAUUUGCCAGACACAAUGGACAAAGCAUUUUUUAAUUCUAUAUUUGUAUCAUUAUGCCUUACAAAAGUCAACGUUCGUAAAAUCUUUUCGUACAAAAAUACAAAAUUUACUUAAUUUACUAUAGCAAUUUAAAACUAAUGGAUUUAUGUUUAUGAUAUAGGAGUACACAUACAUUUGAAUAUUUUAUACGUCUAAGAAAUAAACUAUCUAGCAAUUGAAACACUUUCUAUACAAAAUGGACUAUGCGAUUUACAAAAUAAACUAGUAUAGUAUGACAUUCUAUGGCAGUGGCGCGCAAACUAUGAAUUAAUGAAAUUUUCAUGAAUGUUACGUAUAACAGCAAUAGUAAACUUUUUUUAUUUUACAUUUAAGAUAAAGAUAAAAUGAUAUUAUCGCUACUCUUAUAUAAACUAAAUAAAAUGAUAAUAAAUCAUAGUGAUGUCGCAAGUAUGAAUAAUUUGCGUACCACUGUACUAUGGCAUUGGAAAAAAAGUUGUCCCUUGUAUGUAUAUUUAAAUAACUGUACAAAAUCAGAAACAACAAGGAUAUUGUUUCGUAUCGUGUUUUAAUAUAGAAAUAUCACAUUGUAAUGUAGUAUUCAGAAUAUUAUUCCUCAUAUUUUUACUAUGGGGUUUUAUAAUUCUAUAUGACAAACGCCUGCAUUUGAUGAAUAAUGUGUCUAUCAUAUAAUAAUCAAUUUAUUAAUUAUAUAAUUACUAUAGAUGUGUAUAUAUUUAUAUAUAUAUACACUAUUGCUUUCUAUCCGGCCAUUAUGUCAUAAUAGACAUUUCUUUAGAAAUCACCUUGACAUAACGCAUUGAUUUUCUCUAGAAGACAUUGACUAUCUUCAAUGAUAUCGAAGAGUCUAGUGUUAAUGAGAUUAUCAAUACGUUUAUGCUCCGUCCAACAUUGCUACUAAUAUAAAUUGCAUUGCAAUGGCUUGUAUCGUUUUUAUUUUCAAAGAUAAACACUUUGCUUAUAUUCUUUGCUCCGUGUUUCCCCUUGAUUAAUUUAACGAUUAUUUAAAUCUAAUUUAAUCUAUCUUAAUAUCGCUAUGCUUGGAAUGUGAUUUAUUUAAAUCAGUGAUUAUCAAGACAAACACGAGGAUACGCUCUUAUUGUGAAUCCCGUGAUACCUAAAAAUUCAUUUUUAAAUGAUUCAUAAUUUACGUGAAUUCAGCAGAAAAAAAAGAAAAAAGAAGAAUGUAGAAUAACGAAAGAAAUUAAAGUAAUUAAUGAAAGAUUUCGAAUAAUUCGGCAAGCAAGAAGCCAGCGCGAUAUCGAAAUUUACAUUUAUAUUUAUAUAUACAAUUCUAUUUAGUUUCUUGGGCCAAAAGUUAGUAGGUGAUAUGAAAAAUCAAGUAUUUUUUUUUAAGACAUUUUAAGUUUGUAAUUAGUCUUGUAGUUUUACAAGAUAGGCUUGUAGUUUCACAAUUUGAAA